CAAACAGGUUUCAGGGUCUGAUGAGGAUUUCACUCUCUAGUCCUUACGUCUUCUGGAGAACUUCAGUCUAUUGCAGAAUGGUAUCUCUGCUGUAUGCUUUGUUACUCUGGGCAGCAUGGGUCCAAUUUCCUGUUGUCAAAACCAAAGAGGCUGUUGAAGAAUCUAAAACCACAGACAAAACAGGCACUUCUCAGACACAUCGAGUUAGCAGUGGCUUAAUGCAGUGUGGUGAAUACAGCAAUGAAGUGAUGCCAAACAGACAAUGUCGUUUAAUAGCCACAUUACCUCAGCUGGAGGAGCAGAGGUGUCCGGACAUGUUCCGCUGUACAGAUGAGGUCUCCUACUGGCUGCGUGAGAACGAAGAGCGCAAGCAGCAAAUGCAGGACCUGAAAGAGACCAUCUCAGAGCUUCAAGAAGAACUGAGGAAUCACAGACAUCGCAUCAAAGUGCUGGAGCUGCAGCGUGAGGAGAAGUAUGGAAUGAACUCGCCUUUAGAGCAUCGUUUCCACAUGCUGCAGGAGAUCUACGAAGAGGCCAAUGCACUGCUGCACAUCCACGGAUCACUCAUCUACGACAUGCAAACACAGAUUCGCAACCUCACUAUGAUAGUAGAGCGUGUGAGGCGCAAUCCUGGCUGUAUGAUCAAUAUCAUCCGCACAAGCCCGCUCCUCGGCGCUCAAGAUACCCUUCACCCAGGAGGUGGAUGGACUAUGUUUCAGCGUCGACAGGAUGGAAAGGUCAAUUUCAACCGCAAAUGGACAGAAUAUAGGGAUGGCUUCGGAGAUCUGCAUGCAGAUUUCUGGCUAGGAAAUGACCAUAUCCACAGUAUCUCCAGCCAGGGAGAGUAUUCCCUUCGCAUUGACCUCGAGGACUGGAAUGGCAAGCACAAACAUGCACUGUACCAGAACUUCUGGAUUGAGAACGAGGACAACCUCUAUCGUCUCCAUGUAUCAGGAUUCAGUGGUACAGUUGAGGACUCGUUUGGCUGGUACCAUGACAAGCAAAGCUUCAGCACGCCAGACACAGGUGACAUCUGUGCUGAGAUAUCUCACGGAGGCUGGUGGUACCAUCAGUGCUUCUUCGCCAACCUCAAUGGAGUGUAUUAUAAGGGGGGGCGUUACUCUGCCAAAGGGAAGAAUCUUCUGGGGCCUGAUGGGAUUGUGUGGUACUCUUGGAAGGACUCAGAUUACUACUCCUUGAAGAAGCUUCAGACUACUUUACCAUGAGAUAAGCAUAUCUGCACCAUCCAUAGAGACUCUUUCUGCCCAUCACACACUAACAGGAAGGGUGGAACGGACCAGCAAAUGAACGUGGCACUGGAAUGAAAGAGGUUUUGAGGGGCAUCACAUGAUUUGAUGAUUAUUUGCAUUACAAAGUCCCAGACAAAAUAAGGGACUCCUUAUGGUCAAAAAUGGAAAAAGUCCAAACUGAAGCUGCCUUAUGAUUAAGGGAAGGAAAUAGUUUUGGAGGAGAAAGUGUGUUUCUUUGCUUGAGGUCACGCUCACAUGAACUCUCACAAACUGAGGUCAUCAUGCUCAUUUCCUCUAAGGCCAGAGAUUUGUUUCCUCUUCCAAAGAGAGAAAACUGACCCUGAGCUAGCAUAAAUACUGGAUAAUUCUACCAUCUUCUCAAAAAGGAUAUUUUUGUGCUCCCUGCUAGAACUGCAAAAUCAAUUUUGACACAAAGCCAAAAAAUGCAGAGCAUUCAUGGCCAUCACAACUCUCCUCACAACUCACGACUUGGAAAGGUAUAAAGAAAGAUUUAUUACACACUGGAUGGCUAGUUAAAAACACAUUUUAUACACUGAGUGUGACAAUGAGACAUUUUUAGUUUUGUUUUGCAUAGAACAUUUUACCACAGGUAAAAGACAAUGUCCUUAUUGCUUUUAUCCAAUACAUACCACUAAAUAUCUGUCAUAUUUAAUUUACAUCCUACAAGAAAAUAAAAUCAUGUCAGACAAUUUAAGAUGUUAAUAAACUCAUUUGGUUUAGAUGGCCCAGUCUAAGUGAACGCGUCCCUGAGAGACCUCAAUUUACACAGAGAGAAUUAAAUGUCUUAAUGGAGUAGUUCACUCAUAAAUGAAAAUUUGCUGAAAAUGUACUCACCGUCAG